ACCGACACUCUACCGUCCUACACUGAGCAGCGACAACAACACUGAAGCUGGACUUUUAUCCUUAUUGUUCUGUCUGUGAGUCUCAAACGUGCUGUUUAUUAAUAUUUUUAUAAAAUGAUUUUAGUAAAGACUUGUUUGAUUCUAAAACCGAACAGAUAAGUUUGAAUUAGGCACAGUUUCGCGUCUGUAUGUUAAAGCUAACGUUAGCUUCAUUAGCUCCUCAGAGACACGUUUUUGUUCUUUACGCUCAUUUUCAUAAAUGCGAACAAAGUGAGGUUAAUUAAAGACAUUGUUUGAAAUAUUCUACACCGUUAACUAAAUCGUGGUUUUAUAGAGAUGUUGCACAUCGGUAAAACAAUUUAACGGGGAGAAUGUUCCAUUAGAGCUGCGAACCAAACCCUGUUCAAAUUUUCUGAUGAUAUUAGCCUCUUAACUCACUGAGCAUUAUUAUACUGACCAAGAGGUGGAGGUGUUUUAAUAACUUUUGUGCUUUUAAAAUCUGCCCGAAUAAGACGUUAGAUGAUUUUUAAUGAACACAGUUGUUCAGUUACAAAAUCAGUGAGAAAAUUCCCCUGAUGAGGGCAAAAUAUUAAAAUGAUGGAAAAAUGAAUGAAGUUUGGUUAGGAUGUAGGGUUGUUUCUCUGAGGUCUGGUAGAAAAUAGUGCUUUUGUUUAUGGUUAUCUUAGUACAGGAAACUAAGCUCAAAACUAUAGUUUAUUUAAAUGAUUUAACAUACUAUCAGCACAAGUUUGUAUCAGUCAAACUGCCUUCAUUGACCACACUUUAAUUUAAAAACACUAAGAUGUAAAUAAUCACUCAUUAAGAUUACACUGUCACUGUAGUUACUUUGACUUUGAACAUGUUUGAUUGACUCUUAAUCUCAGAUUAAGGGGUCUGCAGAAGAGAGAACUCCCCCGUCCGUCUGCCUGUCAUGGAGGACAUCAAGAACUUCCUGUACGCCUGGUGCGGGAAGAAGAAGAUGACUCCAAGCUACGACAUCCGGGCCGCAGGGAACAAGAACAGGCAGAAGUUCAUGUGUGAGGUGAGCGAGUCUGCUCUCUGUCUCCUUUAAUGUCAUCAGGUACUCGUCUGUACGUCUCUCGCCUGUUUUCGAACCCUCGUCUUCUCCCUUCAGGUCCGUGUUGAAGGUUACAACUACACCGGGAUGGGAAACUCCACCAAUAAGAAGGACGCUCAGUCCAACGCCGCGAGGGACUUUGUCAACUACCUGGUUCGGAUCGGAGAGAUGAACGCGGCAGAGGUUCCUGCUCUGGGGGUGAGUCCGUUUUACCCGGGUCCUUCCUAAUCCAGACCUGUCAGCCUGACCUCUGAAGAUAUCCGUCUAAUGGGGUCUGUAUGUGUCCUCAGGUGAGCGCUCCAGUCGACAUACCUGAUGGAGGAGGAGGAGGAGGAGGAGGAGGAGGAGGAGAAGGAGAAGGAGGAGGAGAAGGAGGGAAUGGAGCAGGUUUUGGUUUGCUCCCGUCCAGCGGUCCUUUACCUCCUCACCUCAUCGUCAAAGCCGAACAAGGUAUCGAACCGUAAACCAGCUGUAUGUAAAUGUUUAUUUAUGCAACCCUUUAGGUGAACCGGAGAGCUUUACAAUAGAAGAUAAAAAUAAAUAAUAAUCAAAAAGAAUAAAAUACAAAGCAAUAAAACAAAGUGUGACCACGCUGCUGGGUAUUAAAAACCAGCAUCAAUAAAUAAAUUUGUUUUUAAUCAGGAUUUAAAAAACCCAGGUCAGACAGAAGUCUCAUUUCAGUGUGGAGUUUAUUCCAGAGUCUGGGACCAGCGACUGAAACGUCUCGGUCACCCCAGUGUUUGUGUUUUGAGCUCUACUCAGCUCCUGAACGGUUAAAAGUUCAGUUAAAUAGACGGAGGCAAGGCUUUUAAAAGAGCUUUAAAAACAAACAUUAAACGUUUAAAAUCAAUCCUAAAAGAGACGGAAGAUGAUGAUGAAGGGAGUUGAGGACAGGAGUGAUGAGCUCAUGUCUGUUAGUGUUGGUUAGAAGACGGGCAGCAGCAUUUUGGACAAGCUGAAGACGACUUAGAGAUGAUCUGGAGAUGAAAACAGAAAGUGAAUUACAAAAGUCGAAUCUUGAGCGUGGAUGGUGAUCUCGAGGUCGUGACGGCUUCAAGACAUUUUGACUUUGUCCAGGAGACGAAGUCGGAAGAAACGAGUCCUGAAAACAUGAUCAGUUUGUUCUUCAAAAACCAGAACAGGAUUCCUGACAGUUUGACGAACUUUGGAAACAAGGAGCUGAAUCCAGCCGUCACCGUGUCUCCAAACACAAGAACAUUCACUCUUCUCAUUAUUGACAUGAAGAAAACUUUGAGCCAAUCACAGCUCAACAUCAACAACACAGCAAACAAAGAAUUACGCACGCUGCCAUAGUUUGGCUUCACUGGUGGAUGUAUUAGCAGGUCAUCUGUGUAACAGUGAAUUAAAGGUUGUGUUGAGUUACAGUGACGUGCGGUGAGGUUCAUAGCUGGUGAGGCACUGACGUCAUCAGAAUCAGAUUUGCAAAUAGAUGCAUAGAUUGACAGCAGUUUACAGGUUAUGUUUCACUUCUGCAUCCUUACACAUACAAACUGUAGCUCACAAAACACACAUUUCCUUAAAAAACAAAACAAAAUAAAUGUUAUUACUGUCUUACCUUUACGUAUAAAUGAAGUCCAUGCGUCGCUCCUUCUGCACAAAAACAUCCGUCACUUUGCGAUAGAAGUCCUCCUUAUCUUCCUUCAGUUUUAAAAGUCUCUCUGUCUCAAUGGAGAUCACUGCCAGGGAAGAAAGCCUUCCUUGAUCCGUCCUGUUCCUGCUGUAUGUUUUCAGUCUCUUCAGGGCUGAGAAUGACCGCUCCACUGACGCUGUAGUAGCUGGCACCGUGAGCACGAGCUGGAGCAACUUUGUCGCCUCAGGAACAGUUACAACAAGAUCCUUCACGGCUAAAAAGUUGAGAAGCUGUCCAGGAGAUAAAAGUCCACUUGAGAAAACUUUUUUAGUGUUGUAAUGUAGUCAUCCAUGUCGAAAGUCGGGAUAAGCGAGAGGAAAAAAAUCACUAUCUCUAUUAUAAUCUAUCGCUGCACUUGACUUGCUUCCCGAAUCGUUUAGCCUAGCUCGCUGUCACUUACUCGGCAGUUGAGGAGUGAACAAGACGAACGUCUGGGAUCUUGAGCACCCCCUGCCAUGAGGCAAGAGAACUGCCUGCCUCACCUCGAACCUGUUCUCUGCCGUUUAUAAUCGCUCAUUACACGAAACACGUUACACAAACACAGUUGGUGACAAAAAGCACUGUACAUUAUAUACAUAAGCUAAAUUAUUGGACAUAAGUUCACAUAUUAAAUUUGUUUAAACCAUUUUAUUGACGCCGUACAGCAACAUGCUCUCUCCGCUUAGCAGCCAGCGCAGAGCCAGGGGUUGCGCAAUCCAAGGUGAGGCAGAGCUUGGUGCUGCCUCACCGGCAUCGCUUCCAAGCAUUUGAAUGGGAAAAUAAGAAAAUUCAGCGAUUUUGAACAAAUAAAAAUCGAAAUUGGUGAAGCUACAUGAAAAAUAAAUAUUUUUUAGUACAAACCACCGGAUGAAUAUAACAAUUUAAAUUACUUUAUGAUUAUAUAUUUUCUCUCUUUCCAUGAUGGCUCCCCUGACCGCACGUCACUGUUGAGUUAUAAUUGACCUGAGAGGAAACAUUUACGACUGAGAGAAAGCGCUGAUACUGGUUUACAUCUGUGUGUUUUUGACAGAGGAGCGCGGCUGUGGAGGUCCGAUACCAGGAGUGACCGGACUGGGUUACUCAGGAGGAGGAAACUCAGGGUGGGGAGGAGGAGGAGGAGGAGGAGGAGGAGGAGGAGGAGCUCAGAGUGACCGAGGAGCUAACCUGAAGGAGUACUACGCCCGCAGAGACGAGCAGGAGGCCCAGGCUGUAGGUCCCAGAUCUUUAGUUUGACCCAGAACCCUGAAAACUCAGAACUUCAUGACUGACGUAAACCCUGUCUCUGGUCCCUGCAGACUCUGGAGUCAGAGGAGGUGGACCUGAACGCCAGUCUCCAUGGUAACUGGACGCUGGAGAACGCCAGGGCCCGUCUGAACCAGUUCUUCCAGAAGGAGAAAACCAGCGCUGAGUAUAAAUACAGCCAAGUGGGACCGGACCACAACAGGUCUGGACCAGAACCAGGGAGGGUGGUUUUUAGACUGUUAGGGGGUUUAGAGGGCAGAUCAGGCUGGAGAGGGUCUUUACUGAGUCGGGGGGGGGUCGUGAUUUAUUUCUUUAUUCCAGCCAAGUCAGUGUCUCAGUUUGACAACAUCGUGUCACAUCACAACAUCUCUGAUCCAUCAGUUUGAAGAGAGAAGAAACAUCUUAGAUCAGCUGACCUCCUCACACAGAGUCUAAACGUUCUAAUAAUCGAUCACCGAGCAACAGUCAGACCACAAAACAAAAAACAAAACAAAACAAAACAAAAACAAAAACAAGAACAAAACCAUCAGUUUUCUACCAUUUUCAGUAAAAGUUUGACCUUCAAACUUUAACACUUUAUUUUUUAUAUAUUUGCUGUAAGAGCUUUCUGUGUCAGUCUUUCAUCUUUAGUCACACCUGAGAGUUCAAGGUUUAAAAAAACAGAAACUUCAGAGCGACCUGGAUCAGGUAACGUGCGUGUGCAUGUGUGUGUGUGUGUGCGUGUGUGUGAGAAAGACACCCCCCCGGUCCGCCCCUGUAUGUUUUUCUGCCGGCCUGCUGCUGUAAACUCAGAGACUCCAGAGUGUGUCGGCUACACCAGAGAGAUCUCACUGUUCCACCGAAUCCAGAUCAGAGACCCACCGGCUGAAUCCCGGCUCGGCUCCACGGUUGAAUCGUCGUUGGCGAGAUGAUGGAGUUUGUCUGACCUUGAGCCGACAUUCAGCCGGUGCAGCAGACAGGUGUGAGGUUACCUGGUCCCUGAGAAAAUCCCACCCUGAGGCGACUCCAGAACUCACAACCAGACCCAAGAAGGACAUGGGACGGGGUUUAGGUGCACUAAAGCCGUCUCAUGGUGCGGCCCGGCGCUCACUGAGUCUGGUUGUGAUUUCUGGUGUCGCUGUUCAUCGCAGGGCGAAGGUCAAAGGUCAGCCGGGAGAAUCAGAGCUGCUCAUUUUUUAACCCAAAGUCCGGCAGAAAAACAUACAGACCUCCUCCUCCUCCUCCUCCUCCUGAGGACACGGCAGGUGAGUUCACCUCUGUCUGCAGGUUUCCUGUUUUAUUCUGAAAGGAACAGGAAGUGACGCCGGGCUGUUUGUGUGUCUGUGUCCUACAGGAGCUUCAUCGCAGAGAUGCAGCUGUUCGUCAAACAUCUGGGCAGAAGUGAGUUCAAGUCCAGCUCCUCUCCUCUGUUCUCUCCUCUUUCUUGUCCUCUUGGUUCCUCACCGGUUCCUCAGCGGUUCCUCCUGAAGGUCUCUAAAGUCUACCUUCUGCUCUGCAGGGAUCACGGCUCGAGAACACGGGUCCAACAAGAAGCUGGCGGCCCAGUCCUGCGCCCUGUCUCUGGUCCGGCAGCUCUACCAUCUGGGCGUGAUCGAGGCGUACUCAGGAGUGACCAAGAAGAAGGAGGGCGAGAUGGUACGAGAGUGAACAUCUGACUGAUCUGCUGGAUCUCCUCGGUGUCUCACUUCUUCUUCUUCUUCUUCUUCUUCUUCUUCUUCUUCUGUGUCCAGCUGGAGGUCUACGAGGUCAACGUGAGUCCAGACCUUCAGCAGCAGCUGGCCAGUGUCGUCCAGGAGCUGGGAGUCCAGAUCCCCCCACCGGUGAGUCUUGGUUUGAUCCUGACUGAUGGUUCUGAGAUGAUCAGGACUGACCCGGUUCCUCUCUCCCCGUCCAGCCUGAAGACCCCAGCAGCUCAGUGUCUCUGGUUCAGGCCAAGAUGGUGACCUUUGAACCGUCGCAGCGUCAGAGCGGAGCCGGGGUGGUCCCGUGGUCGCCCCCACAGGUGAACUGGAACCCCUGGACCAGCAGCAACAUCGACGAGGGACCGCUGGCCUUCGUGAGUCUUGGUUCCUCCAUCAGGUCCAGGUGUGGUAGUGUCAGAAGAUCUCAACAUGGACCUGCUUUUCUCUCCUCCAGUGCACGCCGGAGCAGAUCAGCAGCGACCUGGAAACUGAGCUGAGGUACCAGCUGGACCACGACGAGAACCUGCAGAAGGUCAGUCCAGGUUUUACCAAGUCCUCCUCAGAAUCCUUCAGAACUGGACCAGAGCCUGUAGAAACAAAGACCUCCUGGUGUUUCAGGUCCUGGCGGAGCGGGAUCAGCUGCCCGUCAAACACUUUGAGGAGGAGAUCAUGGAGGCCAUCAACAACAACCCCGUGGUGAUCAUCAGAGGAGCUACAGGCUGCGGGAAAACCACCCAGGUCCCUCAGUACAUCCUGGACCGCUUCAUCAGAGGGGGCCGAGCGUCCGACUGCAACAUCGUGGUCACCCAGGUAACGCUCAGCGGGGACAGGAACUCCUCUGUAACCGUGACGACAGAGAGAAGCUCGAUGAAAACUCUGAACUUCUGAGAUGUUUGCAGAAGAUCACCUGAUCCUUUUGGACCUGGUGAUCGCUCCUGUUCCUCCUGGUUCUGGUUCUGGUUCUGGUUCCACCGUCUCUCCUUCUCUCCCUCCAGCCCCGCAGGAUCAGCGCCGUGUCGGUGGCCGAGCGAGUAGCCUACGAGAGAGGAGAGGAUCUUGGGAAAAGCUGCGGGUACAGCGUUCGUUUCGAGUCCAUCCUCCCCCGUCCUCACGCCAGCGUCCUCUUCUGCACCGUCGGUACGUGAAUAGACCCAGAUCAGAGACCGAAGGAGACCGAGUUCUCCAGAGACCAGGUGACCCGAGACCUCCAUCCUCCUUCUCAGGCGGGUUCUUCUGUGUUUCAGGUGUUCUCCUGAGGAAGCUGGAGGCAGGAAUCAGAGGAAUCAGUCAUGUGAUCGUCGACGAGAUCCACGAGAGAGACAUCAACGUGAGUCUCGAUAAAAUCAUCAUUUUUAAACUUUUUCUGGAGCUUCAGGGUCCUGCAGGUUUCUCAGGUUCUGAUCCUGAGUGAGUGUAACCUUUUAUCAUUGCAGACGGACUUCCUCAUGGUGGUCCUCAAAGACGUGGUCCAGGCCUACCCAGAGGUCCGAGUCAUCCUCAUGUCGGCCACCAUCGACACCACCAUGUUCAGAGAGUACUUCUUCAACUGUCCCAUCAUCGAGGUCUUCGGACGCACCUUCCCUGUUCAAGGUUUGUGUGUGUUGGAGCGACCCGGUCUGUUCCAGGGUCUUUGUAGACCAGAACCAUGACCACGUUAGUCCAGACUCAGUGAAGAGACAGACGGAGGAGAGUUUUUCAGGUCCUCAGAGACAGAGUGACUCUGUGGAGGUGAAGGUUGAGAUCAUGUUUUGUGUUCGGUAGUGUAUUGUGUUUGGUAGUGUAUUGAGUUCGGUAGUGUUUUGUGUUUGGUAGUGUAUUAUGUUCGGUAGUGUAUUGUGUUUGGUAGUGUAUUGUGUUUGGUAGUGUAUUGUGUUCGGUAGUGUAUUGUGUUUGGUAGUGUAUUGUGUUCGGUAGUGUAUUGUGUUUGGUAGUGUAUUGUGUUUGGUAGUGUAUUGAGUUCGGUAGUGUUUUGUGUUUGGUAGUGUAUUAUGUUCGGUAGUGUAUUGUGUUUGGUAGUGUAUUGUGUUUGGUAGUGUAUUGUGUUUGGUAGUGUAUUGAGUUUAGUAGUGUAUUGUGUUUGGUAGUGUAUUGAGUUUGGUAGUGUAUUGAGUUCGGUAGUGUAUUGUGUUUGGUAGUGUAUUGAGUUUGGUAGUGUAUUGUGUUUGGUAGUGAAGUGUAUUGUGUUUGGUAUUGUAUUGUGUUUGGUAGUGUAUUGUGUUUGGUAGUGUAUUGUGUUUGGUAGUGUACUGAGUUUGGUAGUGUAUUGUGUUUGGUAGUGUAUUGAGAUUAGUAGUGUAUUGAGUUUGGUAGUGUAUUGUGUAGUGUAGUGAGUUUUCAUAUUGUAUUGAGGUUAUUAGUGUAUUGUGUUUGGUAGUGUAUUGAGUUUGAUAGUGUAUUAUGUAGUGUAUUGAGUUUGGUAGUGUUUUGUGUUUGGUAGUGUAUUGUGUUCGGUAGUGUAGUGUAGUGUGUUCGGUAGUGUAGUGUAGUGUAUUGUGUUUGGUAGUGUAUUGUGUUCGGUAGUGUAGUGUAUUGAGUUUGGUAGUGUAUUAUGUUUGGUAGUGUAUUGUGUAGUGUAGUGAGUUUUCAUAUUGUAUUGAGGUUAUUAGUGUAUUGUGUUUGGUAGUGUUUUGAGUUUGAUAGUGUAUUAUGUUUGGUAGUGUAUUGUGUUUGGUAGUGUAUUGAGGUUAGUAGUGUAUUAUGUUUGGUAGUGUAUUGUGUUGGAGUGGACGCUGGAGACAAAGACCUUUUCGAACCCAUGUCUUCAUGUUUCAGAGUAUUUCCUGGAGGACUGUAUCCAGAUGACCAACUUUGUCCCUCCUCCGAUGGACCGUAAGAAGAAAGACAAAGAGGAGGAGGGAGCAGAGGAGGAUGUGAGUCCCUGUCCCUGAUGGAUCCAGCUCUCGCUCACUGAAACGGUCCAGACUAACGGGUUUUGUUUCCUCGCCCCUGCAGACCAACUGUAACGUGAUCUGCGGUCCGGACUACACGGCGGAGACGAAGCGCUCGAUGGCUCAGAUUAACGAGAAGGAGACGUCCUUCGAGCUGGUGGAGGCUCUGCUCAGGUACAUCGAGACGCUGAGCGUGGCCGGCGCCGUCCUCAUCUUCCUGCCGGGCUGGAACCUCAUCUACUCCAUGCAGAGACACCUGGAGACCAACCCGCACUUCGGUACUACAGCUCAGCUCCUCGGGUUUCUAGUCCUGGUCCUGGUACUGAUCCGUCUGCUCGCUGACACUGGAUGUUUUUGUUUCCAGGAAGUAACCGGUACCAGAUCCUGCCGCUCCACUCUCAGAUCCCCCGAGAGGAGCAGAGGAGGGUGUUUGAACCGGUUCCUGACAACGUCACCAAGGUCAGAGACUCUGUAGACCAUGAACCGGGCCGUCUCUGAUCCAAUCCUGGGUCUGGUCUCUCUAACGGACUCAGACGUGUUUUUUUAUUUUCAGGUGAUUCUGUCCACGAACAUCGCAGAGACCAGCAUCACCAUCAACGACGUGGUCUACGUCAUCGACUCCUGCAAGUGAGUUCUGACAGACCCGGUGUGGGUCCUGGUUUAGUUCUGGGUCUGAAGGUUAAACCGGUUCUGACUCUUCCUGACAGGCAGAAGGUGAAGCUCUUCACCUCCCACAACAACAUGACCAACUACGCCACCGUCUGGGCCUCCAAGACCAACCUGGAGCAGAGGAAGGGCCGAGCCGGCAGAGUCCGGCCCGGGUUCUGCUUCCACCUCUGCAGCCACGCUCGCUUCGAGAGGUGAGACGUCCUGAGGUUCUGGAUCCUGGUUCUAUCUGGUCUCCUCUUUGAAGGUCCAGUUUGGACCACAGUGGUAGAUGCAGCAUCUAUGAUUUCUCGUUCGUUUCAGGGAAAGUAAAAAAAAAUCAUGAAAUGCAAAAAUAAAAUAAAUUAAACAAAAUCAUUUCAAAUAACGAGAAACCAAUAAAUUAAAAAUACAUAUUUAAUGAGACAAAAACAUUUAAUGUAACCCCAUUUUAAAAAAGAAGUAAAUGGGAUGUUAACAUUUAAUUUUAUACCAAAAAAUUUUUCAGUAAACAUGAAAAUAUUUCAAGCAAAAAAAUUCACACAAAAAACUAUUGUUUUGUUGUUUCUUUAUUUUUUUCUUCUUGUUUUUUGUUUCCCUGUUUGUUUCUUUGUUUUUGUUUUGUUUUGAUUUUUUCCUUUUUAUUCUUUUUUAUUCUUUGUUGUUUUUUUGUUUCUUUUUUUCUUUUUUGUUCCUUUUUUUUCCCUUUAAGUUUCUUCAUUUAUUUUUUUGUUUGUUUCUUUCCUUUUUUAUUCUUUUUUAUUUUUCUGGUUUUUUUUUUCCGUUUUUUAUUCUUUUUUAUUCUUUGUUGUUUUUCUGUUUUUCCACAUUGGUUAAACGUCUCCACUAAGUCCAGUUGUCCUUUCCAUGUGGUGAUCUCCACUCCAGAGUCCUGUCUGUUUUUAAUGCCCUGAAGAUCAGAACCAUUCAGUCUUGGUUCUGGUUCUGGUCCCUUCAGUACCUCCUCUCUUCACCUGUUUGUCUUCGUUCAGGUUGGAGACUCACAUGACUCCGGAGAUCUUCAGGACUCCGCUGCAUGAAGUCGCUCUGAGCAUCAAACUGCUGAGACUCGGCGCCAUCGGACACUUCCUGUCCAAGGCCAUCGAGCCGCCGCCGCUGGACGCCGUGAUUGAGGCCGAACACACUCUGAAAGGUACGAAACACACAAACAGACAGACAGACGGACAGAGGAGGAGGAGGAAGAGGAGGAGGAGGAGGAGCUGAUGUCUCAGUCCAAGGCUGUGGAAAAUGAAUAAAAACGAGUUCUGAGUAACUCUGUGAGUGUGUGUGUGUGUGUGUGUGUGUGUGUUUGUUUGUGUGUGUGUGUGGUUGUGUGUGUGUGUCUCGGCUCAGAGCUGGACGCUCUGGACUCAAACGAGGAGCUGACCCCUCUGGGUCGGAUUCUGGCCCGUCUGCCCAUCGAGCCUCGUCUGGGGAAGAUGAUGAUCAAAGGCUGCAUCUUCCAGUCAGUUUCUUCUUCUUCUCUGAUCAGUCAGGUCACAUGACCCCCCGUGUCUCUGCGGUCCCCGAUAACGCCUGCUCCUCUCUGUGUCGCCCUCUAGUGUCGGAGACGCCAUGUGCACCAUCUCUGCCGCCUCCUGUUUCCAGGAGCCGUUUCUCAACGAGGGGAAACGUCUCAGCUUCGUCCACAGAAACUUCGCCGGCAGCAGAUUCUCCGACCACGUGGCGCUGCUGUCCGUGUUUCAGGCCUGGGACGACGUCAGGUCGGUCUGAGCGCGCUCUGUGCAAACGUCAUUACUCUGUGGUCAUGAACCCUCUCAGAGCCCGACAAGUUUUGUUUUUGUUGUGUUUUUGUUGUUCAGGGUUAACGGCGAGGAGGCAGAGAGUCGUUUCUGCGAACACAAACGUCUCAACAUGGCGACUCUGAGGAUGACCUGGGAGGCCAAAGUGCAGCUCAAAGAGAUCCUGGUCAACGCUGGAUUCCCUGAAGGUACCUGAAGGCGCCACAGAGGCUCCGUCUGAUGAAAGUUCCCGGUAACUGAAAUCAUCUUCAUCCGUUUUUAUUCUGCGUCCCGUCAGAGUGUCUGAUGACUCAGAUGUUCAACACCGUCGGACCCGACAACAACCUGGACGUGGUGGUCUCCCUGCUGACCUUCGGCUCGUACCCGAACGUCUGCUACCACAAAGAGAAGAGGAAGAUCCUGACCACCGAGGGGCGCAACGCCCUCAUCCACAAAUCCUCCGUCAACUGUCCGUUCAGCAGCCACGACAUGAGCUACCCGUCACCGUUCUUCGUCUUCAGCGAGAAGGUCAGCCUCACUUUUUUUAUGGAGGUCCUCAGAGCGCAUAAUCAAAAAAACAAACAACACAGUAACAUGAACAGACGGGGCGUUUGUACGGUGGCCCUGGAGGCCAAAUAGACGUGAACUUGUCACUGUACCGUCACUCAAUGAAAAUUCACUCAAAUCAAAAAUAUUUCACAUAAAACAUUUUUAUUAACAUUAUUUGACUAAAAACAUUUCAGGCAAAUUAAAAAAAAUAUAAAAAAAAAAAUACAAAAAUAAUUUAUUAAGCAAAAUCAUUUUAAAUGACUAGAAACAAAAAAUAUUUGAAAAAAAACAAAAAAUAUUUGAUGAUACGAAAACAUUUAAAAAGAAGUAACUGAGAUAUUUACAUUAAAGUUAUUAAAAAGUUUUCAGUAAAAAUUAAAACAUUUCAAGCAAAAAAAAAAAUCACAAAAUUACAAAAAAAUUCUUUGUUUUUUCGUUGUUUUUUUUGUUGUGUCUUUGUUUUUUUUAUUGUUUCUUUGUUAUUUCUUUGAUUUCCCGUAGAUGUUUCUUAAAUUUCCUCUUGUUUCCGUGUUUCAGAUCCGGACCAGAGCGAUUUCGGCUAAAGGGAUGACUCUGGUCAGUCCUCUGCAGCUGCUGCUCUUCGCCUGUAAGAAGAUCAGCUCUGACGGGGACGUCGUGGAGCUGGACGACUGGUCAGAACUCUCAAACUGAUUAUUUUUAUUUACAAACGUGAUAAAGAGUUUUUAUCUUUUAUCUUUCUAAGUACCAAGAAAGGUUCUAGACCCGGGGGAAACACCUUUCAGUGAAAAUGAAAUAACGCUCCUUAAACCUCUUCUGGUACCUGACCCCCCUUGAAGUUCUAGAGUUGAGGGUCCAUUUAAUGUCUGGUCCUGGUAGCACAAAGGUCCUGGUUCCUGCAGUGGAAACGUGGCCUUUAGCUGCAGAUCGGUUUUCUAAACGUCUCUCUUAAAUAGUUCCUGUUGAGGUCGAGUUCAUGAACUUUGACAUCGCUGCAGGAUCAAGCUGAGGAUCCCUCAUGAGGUGGCGGGCGGCGUGGUGGCGCUGCGAGCCGGACUGGAGGCUCUGGUGGUGGAAGUGACCAAAGACCCCGAAUACAUCCAACAGAUGGACCCGAGCAACCAGAGGGUCCUGAACCUGAUCCGACAAAUAUCCAAACCGUCUGCAGCCGGGCUCAACAUGAUGGCCAACAACCAGAGGUGCACACACACACACACACACACACACACACACACACACAUUUAAACACACACACACACACACACACGCACACACGCACACACACUCACACACAUCAGCCGGCCCCCCAUCGUGGUCGGGGUCUCGUUAAAGUCGUCUUUUAAACUCCAGUCGUCGUUUCUAAGAUCGUCUUUAUUUCGCAGGAUGGGAGACGGACCGCGACCUCCGAAGAUGGCGAGAUUCGACGGAGGAGGAGGAGGUGGAGGAGGUGGAGGAUACCGAGGAGGAGGAGGAGGAUAUGGAGGAGGAGGGAGCGGCUAUAGAGGAGGCGGCGGUUACAGGGGAGGGGGUGGAUACGGAGGAGGAGGAGGAUAUGGAGGAGGAGGGUACAGGGGAGGUGGAGGAUACAGAGGGGGAGGCGGAGGGUACAGGGGAGGCGGGGGAUAUGGAGGGGGAGGUGGAGGAUAUAGAGGAGGCAGAGGAUAUGGAGGAGGAGGUGGAGGUGGAGGAGGUUAUAGAGGAGGAGGUGGAGGAGGUUAUAGAGGAGGAGGAGGUGGAGGGUACAGAGGAGGUUAUUGACGAUCAGGUGUCGAUCUUUCUGUCGCUGUAAAUGUUUGACGAAGAAAACGUUCUCCUCUUCGUCUCGACAAACGUUUGACCUCUGACCUUUCUGUGUCCGUUCUCUGAAUGUCGUAAAUGUUAAAAAAACUAAAAACUGAAACUGUUUUAAAAACUUCAAAUAAAUAAAAACGAUUUUCUGUUCAGGU